AUGUUUGAAAUGGGUCCCGGGAAAGUCGCAGCUAAAACAUUUUAUGAUGUUGAAUUUCCAAAAGGUCAUGUUGGAAUCAAGAGCUUUGAUGCUGAACUAGUCGAUGAAGAAGGAAAUUCCGUACCAUUAUAUGAAGCAUACCUACAUCAUUGGUUUGCUAUAAAAUACCAAGAAAAAGAUUGGAAUAUGUCAAAAAUAAUCCCUAAGGAUCCUAUGGAAGGUGCCAUUUACAUUAGAAAUGACGGAACGUGUAAUACUUAUAUUCUUCCAAUUUAUUGGGGUUUGGGAGCUGAAUCACGAGGAACAAAAUCAAAAAUUCCAGAUCCUUAUGCUGUAGAACAUGGAAACCCUUCAAAAAUUCCAUUUGGAUACCAAGAAAAGUGGCUCCUGAAUCUCUUGAUCAUUGAUACACGUGGUACAGAAGAUAGAGAAGGUUGUACUGAAUGUAGGUAUGACCAUUUCAAUUGGCCAACGAAUUUUUAUAAUGUCACAGUUGGAAUUGAUGGAAAACCAUUGGGAUCAAGUUAUAAAGGAGGACUCUUUUGUUGCCAAGAUAAUUUACAGUGCAAAUUGCAAAAGGAUUUUGAAGCACCUACGAGAAAGCUUGCCUUGAGAUACAAAAUAACAUGGGUUGAUUGGAAUCAACAACAAAUUCCUCUAAGGUUUUAUGUACUUGAUUCAACUGAUCGAGUUAGACCAAAUGGUUCCCAAUUUAUUCAUGAUUGUCAGAAUUUUUAA